AUGAGCAAAGAGUGCCUCUGGGCCUGGGGCAGUGUGGACCAGUAUAAAAGGCAGUCCCACAGCAGGCUCCUCAUCCACUUCUCUUACCUUCUCCUCCCUGGUGAACAAGGUAAGUAGCCAGUGCUCGUCCAUCCCUCAGCCAUGUCCUGCUACGAUCUGUGCCGUCCCUGUGGGCCAACCCCGCUUGCCAACAGCUGCAACGAGCCCUGUGUCAGGCAGUGCCAGGACUCGCGGGUAAUUAUUGAACCAUCUCCCGUGGUGGUGACCCUGCCCGGCCCCAUCCUCAGCUCCUUCCCGCAGAACACCGCCGUGGGCUCCUCCACCUCCGCUGCUGUUGGCAGCAUCCUGAGUGAGACAGGAGUGCCCAUCAACUCUGGAGGCUUCAGCCUUGGUGGCCUUGCUGGCCUCGGUGGCCGCUACUGUGGCAGGAGGAGCCUGCCCUGCUAA